AUGCAUCAAUUCAUGGGAGCUAUUGGGCGGAGAUGCUCCGUCGUGAAUUUGGAUCCUGCUAAUGAUCAUACAUCAUAUCCGUGUGCGCUGGACGUGCGCGACCUGGUGACCUUGGAAGAGAUUAUGGCAGAAGAUACUCUUGGGCCGAAUGGCGGGGUUCUAUAUGCGCUGGAAGAGCUUGAGAAUAACUUUGAAUGGCUGGAGAAAGGGCUAAAGGGGCUAGAGGUGACUAAUGGAUAUGACGUCUGGACAGAGGAUUAUAUUAUCUUCGACUGCCCUGGCCAGGUCGAGCUAUUCACACAUCACUCGUCACUACGGAAUAUAUUCUUUCGAAUAUCGAAGCUUGGAUACCGAUUAAUAGUCAUUCACCUCGUCGAUUCAUAUAGUCUAACGCUACCAUCAAUGUAUAUUUCCGCGCUGCUCCUAUCACUCCGAUCCAUGCUCCAAAUGGACCUCCCACACAUCAACGUGCUCACAAAAAUUGAUAACCUAAGCAAUUACUCCGCUCUUCCUUUCAAUCUCGAUUUUUACACAGAGGUCCAAGACCUCAACUAUCUCCUACCGCAUCUCGAAGCCGAAACAUCGCGCCUAUCACAUGCAAAAUUCGGUGCCUUGAACCAGGCCAUUGUUGACUUGGUACAGGAAUUUGCUCUGGUGGCAUUUGAGACCCUGGCUGUCGAGGAUAAGAAAAGCAUGAUGCAUUUGUUGCAGGUUAUUGAUCGCGCCAGUGGAUAUGCGUUUGGGCCGGCUGAAGGUGCGAAUGAUUCGAUAUGGCAGGUUGCCGUGAGGGAAGGGUGGGGAGACUUGAAUAUUCAUGAUGUACAGGAGAGGUGGCUGGAUGCUAAAGAGGAAUAUGAUGAGCAUGAGAGAAGAGCGUUGGAAGAGGAGGCCAAAGCUAAACAGGCCUCGGCUCAGAGUCAGGAUGAGGACGAGCUUGAUUUUCAAGGAAUGAUAGCUGACAGCGGUACAAAAGUUAUUCGGAAGUCGUGA